UUUGGAAUCUUCAACACUGAAGUCGCUAUCGGUAGUUAUUGGUAGUUAAAUGAUCAAGAGCCAUCAGCUUAUGUCGGACUCUCAGACUGCCCAGAGCUGAGACAUCAGUGCCUAGAACUAAAGAAGCUGAGAGUUAGGUGUGUCUGCUGGUCACCUUCCUGUCACUGACCAAGUACAUAAUCAAAAGGAGGGGAGGUUUAUUUUGGCUUUCAGUUUAGGGGUUACGGCCCGUGCCACUUGGCCCUGGUGCUUUGGACCUGUGGCAGCCCGGCGCAUCGUGGUGGGAGCACUGGUGGAGGAGGCCUGUUCACCUCAGGGCAGCUGGAAGCAGAAAAGGGAGAGGCCAGGUCCCAAUAUCCCUUUUGCACCCCCAGCGGCCUGACCAGGCCCCACUUCUGCCCAUGGUCUGGACCAGCCAUAGUCACAUCGGCCUUUGGGAGACCUUCAAGGUCUGAGCCAUAGUGGUUUGUGGGCUAGUGUGAGCCGUCUGGACCUCAGAACAGGAUGCGGAGCCCCUGAAGGUGGGGAAGGGGUUUUGAAGCGGUGGGCCCUGGAGGGCAGCCACCAGCUGGACCAUCCCCCUGCCCUGUGGCUGGCCUGGUGUCCUUUCCUUCCUCUCUGCCCACAGCUCUCCGCUGACGUGGGAAAUGCUGGCAGACCUGGAAGGAGACGGCUUGUCCUGUUUGCCUGCAGAGAGGGCUUUGAGGCCCCAGGGCCACCGCCUGGCAGACCUGAGGCCGUUCCCUGUGGGCAGCGCGUGGCAGUGGUUCCCCAUGGGUGCAGGCCUAGAGCAGGCCCUCUGCUCCAGACGGCGGAACAGGCCAUGAGAGAGGACGACUUUACUUGCUAGUGUUUCUGAUGGAACUUGGACUCCCCACGAGAGUUGCUUUCAAGAUCUGUUUUCUGUGAUGAAAUCACUUCCCGGCAGAGCUGGGGCCGCCGGGUCUGCGAUGUCGGAGAAGGUCCGGACCCGCCUGGAGGAGCUGGAUGACUUUGAGGAGGGAUCCCAAAAGGAGCUGUUGAACUUGACUCAGCAGGAUUACGUGAACCGCAUAGAGGAACUCAACCAGUCACUGAAGGAUGCCUGGGCCUCUGACCAGAAAGUGAAGGCCCUGAAGAUCGUCAUCCAGUGUUCAAAGCUGCUUUCAGACACGAGUGUGAUUCGGUUCUACCCGAGCAAGUUUGUCCUCAUCACCGACAUACUGGACACGUUUGGAAAGCUGGUCUACGAGCGCAUCUUCUCCAUGUGUGUGGAUAACCGCAGCGUCUUACCAGAUCACUUUUCUCCAGAGAAUGUGAACGACACGGCCAAGGAGACGUGCCUGAACUGGUUCUUCAAGAUCGCCUCCAUCAGGGAGCUCAUCCCCAGAUUCUACGUCGAGUCCUCCAUCCUGAAGUGUAACAAGUUCCUCUCCAAAACGGGGAUCUCGGAAUGCCUGCCCAGACUGACCUGCAUGAUCAGAGGCAUCGGGGACCCGCUGGUGUCCGUGUACGCCCGCGCCUACCUGUGCCGGGUGGGAAUGGAAGUAGCGCCACAUCUCAAAGAGAGCCUCAAUAAGAACUUCUUUGACUUCCUCCUCACGUUUAAACAGAUUCACGGAGAUACCGUCCAGAACCAGCUGGUGGUCCAGGGGGUGGAGCUCCCCUCCUACCUCCCCUUGUACUCGCCUGCCAUGGACUGGAUCUUCCAGUGCAUCUCCUACCACGCCCCCGAGGCUCUGCUGACUGAGAUGAUGGAAAGAUGCAAGAAGCUGGGAAACAACGCCUUGCUAUUGAAUUCUGUGAUGUCAGCCUUCCGGGCCGAGUUCAUCGCCACGAGAUCUAUGGACUUCAUUGGAAUGAUCAAAGAGUGCGAUGAGUCUGGUUUCCCCAAGCAUCUCCUUUUUCGAUCACUGGGGUUAAACUUGGCCUUGGCUGAUCCACCUGAGAAUGAUCGACUUCAGAUUCUCAAUGAAGCUUGGAAAGUUAUCACAAAAUUGAAGAAUCCACAGGACUAUAUUAACUGUGCUGAAGUGUGGGUGGAGUACACCUGUAAGCAUUUCACGAAGCGCGAGGUGAACACCGUUUUGGCUGAUGUCAUCAAGCACAUGACCCCAGAUCGUGCCUUCGAGGAGUCCUACCCCCAGCUUCAGUCAAUCAUUAAGAAAGUGAUUGCCUACUUCCAUGACUUCUCAGUUCUUUUCUCGGUGGAAAAAUUCCUGCCAUUUCUGGACAUGUUCCAAAAAGAGAGUGUGCGGGUAGAUGUGUGCAAGUCCAUUAUGGAAGCCUUUAUCAAGCAUCAGCAGGAGCCCACCAAGGACCCCGUCAUUCUGAACGCCCUCUUGCACAUCUGCAAGACCAUGCACGACUCCGUGAAUGCACUCACUCUUGAGGAUGAGAAGAGAAUGCUGGCACAUUUGAUUAAUGGAUUUAUAAAAAUGGUUUCCUUUGGCCGUGAUUUUGAACAGCAGCUGAGUUUUUACGUUGAGUCCAGGUCGAUGUUUUGCAAUCUGGAGCCUGUGCUUGUGCAGUUGAUUCAUAGUGUGAACCGGUUGGCCAUGGAAACAAGAAAGGUAAUGAAAGGAAAUCAUUCCAGAAAGACGGCGGCCUUUGUCCGGGCCUGUGUUGCCUACUGCUUCAUCACCAUCCCCUCCCUGGUGGGCAUCUUCACCCGGCUCAACCUCUACCUGCACUCUGGCCAGGUUGCCUUGGCUAACCAGUGCCUCUCCCAAGCUGAUGCUUUUUUCAAAGCUGCUAUAAGCCUCGUUCCAGAAGUUCCAAAGAUGAUAAGUAUCGACGGGAAGAUGCGGCCUUCGGAGUCAUUCCUUCUGGAAUUCCUCUGCAAUUUCUUCUCCACUUUAUUAAUCGUCCCGGAUCAUCCUGAACACGGGGUCCUGUUUCUUGUUCGAGAGCUUCUCAAUGUGAUCCAAGACUACACCUGGGAGGACAGCAGCGAUGACAAAAUCCGCAUCUACACUUGUGUCCUGCACCUGCUGUCCGCCAUGAGCCAGGAGACAUACCUGUACCACAUCGACAAAGUGGACUCCAACGACAGCCUCUACGGGGGAGACUCCAAGUUCCUGGCUGAGAACAACAAGCUGUGUGAGACUGUGAUGGCCCAGAUCCUGGAGCACCUGAAAACCCUGGCCAAGGACGAGGCCCUGAAGCGCCAGAGCUUGCUGGGCCUGUCUUUCUUCAACAGCAUCAUAGCCCACGGGGACCUGCGCAACAACAAGCUCAAUCAGCUGUCGGUCAACCUGUGGCACCUGGCACAAAGGCACGGCUGUGCAGACACCAGGACCAUGGUGAAGACUCUAGAAUACAUCAAGAAGCGAAGCAAACAGCCAGACAUGAACCAUCUGACCGAGCUAGCCCUGAGGCUCCCACUGCAGACCAGGACCUAACCCAGUGCACCUGUGGCAGCUCCCUCGGCAGAGAGCAGCUGUAUUGCCCGAAACUCCUGCCGGGAUCUGAGUCUCCUUUUUACUUUCUUUUCAUUUACACACAGGUUGGCUUAAGCUUUGGCCUCGCCCCAGGUUAUUCUGACAGUGAAGCUGAGGGAAUCAUCAGAGCAUUAAAAUCAAAUCUCGCCCUC